AUGUCCGACAAUAUCUCUUCUUUAUCCCUUCUCUAUGGCCCAUCCGAACCAUCUCUAAAAUCAUACUCUAUUGGGCAACUCCUCAACCAGCAGGCAGUCCACUGCCCAACCAAGGAGGCAGUCAUCUUUCCAGCUGAGGGUGUUAGAUACACCUAUCAAGAGUUGGAUUUAAGGGUACGAACUCUUUCCCGCGCACUCAUAGCGCAUGGAAUCAAAUCCGGUGACCGCAUCGGCGUCUUCUGCGGCAAUUGCGUGGGAUAUGUAGAGGUUUUCCUGGCAGCAACUAGAAUCGGAGCGAUUACAGUACUGCUCAAUAAUGCAUACUCAACUACAGAAUGUUUCAAUGUACUCAGAACUACCGGCUGCUCGUUGCUUUUCACUGCAACACAUAUCGGACAGCGUGACUUGGCAUCUUGUCUGAGGAUUCUUAAAGCUUCGUUAGAUGGGGACGAACUCCCUGAUUUGAAGCAAAUUGUUCUGAUGAAGGUAGGUGACAACAUCCUAGAACAGUUCCAAUAUUUUGAGAGCUUCCUCGACCAGUCGAGCACAGUACCAGACUCGACACUCUGUGGGAUAGAGCAAAAAGUCCAGGCUGAUCAGACCUGCACUUUCCAAUUCACAAGUGGCACAACCGGGAUCCCCAAAAUCGCCAUGCUGACACAUAAGAACGUCAUCAGUAAUGCCCUUUCCAUUGGCCACCGUCUACUACUGUCAGAAAAAGAUAUAGUCUGCUGUCCCUACCCUCUAUUCCACAUUUCCGGACUGGUAAUAGGUCUUCUUUCCUGCCUGGCAUACGGAGCUGCUAUUGUAUACCCUUCAACCACAUUCGACCCCUCUGCUGUACUCCACGAAGUCGUGCGAGAAAAGUGCACAGGACUUCAUGGUGUGCCGACCAUCUUCAUUGCUCUUCUGGAACGGCAUCAGCAGCUCAAGACUGGCCCAAUCCACCUCAGAACGGGUCUCAUAGGCGGCGCACCAAUUCCCGCAGCUUUACUUAAAGAGAUGCACAAGGAAUUCGGGUUCGAAGAUUUGACGGUAGCUUACGGAAUGACUGAAACAUCCCCGAUCAGCUUCAUGUCUCGAUCAGCAGAUCAGCCAAGUGAUGCGGUAGUGCAUAGAGAUAUGCUUCCUCACACGUUUGCUAAAAUCAUCGACUCAGCGGGGAAUAUCGUAUCACGAGGAAUACGCGGUGAACUCUGUAUCGCGGGGCCCGGCGUGCAGAAGGGAUAUUAUCAGAAUCCUGAUAAGACUCUUGAUGCACUUAAAACAGAUUCCUGUGGGGUUGUAUGGAUGCAUACGGGUGACGAAGCGGUUCUAGAUGCACAGGGACAUUGUAUCAUCACUGGUCGGAUUAAGGAUAUUAUCAUCCGGGGAGCGGAGAAUAUCUAUCCAGCAGAAAUCGAAGAACACUUGAACAAACACCAUGCCAUUUCUCAGUCCUGUGUCGUCGGAGUCAAACACAAAACUUUAGGCGAGGAAGUGGCAGCUUUUAUUCAGAGCACUCCUGGUCAGCCUCGUCCUUCUGGUUCUGAGAUCAUUGAGUGGCUGCAAAUAAGCUUGGGGGCCCAGAAAGCUCCCACAUGGAUCUUUUGGCUGGGAGAUGGCGAUGUGCCCGUUGUCUUUCCGAUUACUGAUAGUGGGAAGAUUAGGAGGAAUGAGAUGGCCGAUGUGGGAAAUAAGUUGGUUGGAAAAUAUAGAGAAAGUACCAAACUUGAUGAUCUAAGCUCAAUCCACAAUGGGCCCUUCCCAUCAAAUAGCUGCCCAUUCAACUCAAAAGAAACAAAAUUAGAGACACUCUCUUCAAAAACCCCACUUGAAUCAAUUCUCAACACCUACGACUUCGAAAAGGUCGCCUCCCAAGAACUAAGCCGUAAGACAUGGGCAUUUUAUUCAUCCGCAGCUACGGACAUGAUCACACGAGAUGCCAAUAAAGCCAUGUAUGAUCGUAUCCUGCUCCGGCCUAGGGUCCUCCGGAAUGUCAAUAAAGUCAACACCCGGACCACUAUUCUCGGAUGCGAGACCGGCCUACCCUUGUUUGUCAGUCCCGCAGCAUGGCGAAGAUGGUGCAUCCGGAGGGUGAACUGGCGAUCGCAAGGGGUUGUGCGAAAUAUGGCGUUGGCCAAUAUAUCGACGAAUGCAUCAUACACAGCGUCUGAUAUCACAGCCUGCGCGCCUGGUCACCCUUUCUUUUUCCAGCUAUAUAUCAAUCGGGACCGUGCUGCAUCGGAGCAGCUUCUUCGACAGGUUGAAAAAAGUGGGAUUAAAGCUGUUUUUCUCACAGUCGAUGCGCCGGUUGCAGGGAAACGGGAAGCGGAUGAGCGUGUCGGGGCUGAUGCCUCGGAGAUUAUAUAUACAGCACCCAUGACUGGGGCACAAGGUGUUGGUGAUGCAAAAGGCAGUGCACUAGGAAGGACAAUGGGAAGGUAUAUUGAUGCUAGUUUCACGUGGGAGGACCUGAAGUGGCUUCGACGGUCAACAUCUCUGCCUAUCGUGUUGAAGGGUAUUCAGACGGCCGAGGAUGCCUUGAUGGCAAUGGAAUACGGAGUCGACGGGAUUGUUGUGAGCAACCACGGUGGGAGAAGUGUAGACACGUCGACAUCAUCGAUAGCGGUAUUGAUGGAAAUCCGUCAAUGCUGUCCCCAAGUAUUUGAGCAUCUCGAAGUCUUCGUCGAUGGUGGGAUCCGUCGCGGGACUGAUAUUUUCAAAGCUAUCUGCUUGGGAGCUAAAGCCGUAGGAAUGGGAAGGCAGUUCUUGUACAGCCUCACAUAUGGACAAGAAGGUGUGGAGCGUUUAAUUGAGAUCAUGAAAGAUGAACUGGAAACCACAAUGAAGCUGUUGGGGAUUACAGACCUCUCACAGGCACAUCCUGGACUCCUGAAUACUCUGGAUGUGGAUCAUUUGAUUCCAAAGAGACUUGGGGAAUCGUACAGCGGGCCGGUAGUCAAGGCGAAAUUGUGA